AUGACGACUGUUCCCUACACAGAUUCAUCUGUUACCAAUUUACCAUCAUCAUUUGAUACUGCUCAAAGUGAUGAUUUUUUUGGUUUUGGUAAUGCAAUGCAAGCAAUUGCUUCUAUUACGCCAAAAUAUCGAAAUCCGGAUGGUAGUGUACAACAGCCAACUCAAAUUGUAAGUGUUAGUAGUGGAAAUGCUCCACCUAAUUUGUCUCUUGAUUCAUCGGGUGGAACAUUUUUUGAUUUACGUUCUCAAAGUGAAAUAUUUGCCAGUAUGGAUGCAAUAUUAAAUGAACAUCGAGAAAAAGUUCUUAAUUCACCACAAACGUUAAAAAUGCUCGGACAACAAUAA